AGCUAGUAUAUUGCUUAACUAUUCAGAGGCAAAUGUCUGAUCAAUUCAGAUAACAGCUCUUAACCAUUCAGACUCUGUAUAAUACUUAACCAUUCAGAGGCAAAUCUCUUAACCAUUCAGACAUCUGAACCAUUAAGAGGCUGAAACAAACAGUCUGAAUCAUUAAGUGCUGAAUCAUUCAGACAUCUGAACCAUUAAGAGGCUGAAACAAACAGCCCCUAAGUUUGGGGUCCAUGGAGAAAUCAACCCAGCACUUUAAGGCCAAAGUUCUAAUAUUUUGCAUUCAUCAAGAUCUCAGAACAACCCAAAAUGGCCACCACCCGUCUUGCUUCGAAAAGGUCUAUCCCGGCAGCCGAUAAUGCCCUGAAGAAAAACCAGCGCAACGUGAAAAGGUGCUUCGCUAAGUUCAUGGAGAAGGGGAGAAGGAUGAUGAAGAUUGAGGAGUUGAUGGAGGAGAUGGAGAAAGCGGUUGAUACUCCAACUGAUAGGAACCAAGUCUUGGAGGGCUGGUUUGGCUACAUUUUGUGCAAUACCAUGGAAGCGGUUGUGGUUCCUCCUAGUAUUGGUUUUGCCACAAGAAAAGAUCCCGGGUUCUGGGAGUAUGUUAAGAUCAAUGGCGACGAUCUAUCGUUAGAGCCUAUCACGGCUACAGAAUACUUAAAGUUAAAGGAAACAAUUGUGGAUGAGGACUGGGCAAGAGAUUCGAAUGCGUUGGAAAUUGAUUUUGAAGCAGUAGAAUCAUCCGUGCCUCGCUUGAGGUUGACUUCUUCAAUUGGCAAUGGAUUGAAAUCCGUGACGAAGUUUCUGAGUACCAAGCUUAGUGGUAGCUCAGAGACAGCACAAGCUCUUGUGGAGUAUUUGCUUUCCAUGAAACGCCAAAAAUGUACAUUGAUGAUCAAUAAGAAGCUCGGCACGGUUUCAAAGCUCCAAGCAGCACUUAUUGCGGCUGACAUUGCCCUCUCAUCAUUGCCUAAAGAUGCACCAUACCAAAGUUUUGAGAAAAUGCUGAAAGCGCGUGGCUUUGAAAAGGGGUGGGGUAACACUGCUGAGAGAGUCCAAGACACAAUGCGAGCGCUUUCCCAAGUGCUUCAGGCUCCGGAUCCGUUAAGCGUGGAGAAAUUCUUCGCAAGGCUUCCGAUUAUUUUCAAUGUCGUGUUAUUUUCUGUCCAUGGGUACUUUGGGCAACAAGAUGUACUUGGCUUGCCAGAUACAGGUGGCCAGGUGGUUUAUGUUUUGGAUCAAGUGGUUGCUUUUGAAGAGGAGUUGCUAUUGAGAAUUGAGCAACAAGGGCUUAAUUUCAAGCCUAAAAUACUUGUGGUAACAAGACUAAUCCCAGAUGCAAAAGGAACAAAAUGUAACCAGGAACUUGAACCAAUCCUCAACACAAAGCACUCUCACAUCCUUAGAGUCCCAUUUAGGACAGAAAAUGGAGUGCUCAAUCAAUGGCUUUCUCGGUUUGACAUUUAUCCUUACCUUGAGCGGUUCACUCAAGACGCUGCUCAAGAAAUCACCAAGCAGAUGGAUGGAAAACCGGAUUUAAUCAUCGGAAACUAUAGCGACGGGAAUUUGGUGGCAUCACUAUUGGCAAACAAACUUGGGAUCACUUUGGGUACCAUUGCACAUGCACUAGAGAAGACAAAAUAUGAAGAUUCAGACAUAAAAUGGAAGGAGUUAGACACCAAGUAUCAUUUCUCUUGCCAAUUCACAGCUGAUUUGAUUGCAAUGAACUCUGCUGAUUUCAUCAUCACUAGCACUUACCAGGAAAUAGCUGGAAGCAAAGAUCGACCCGGGCAAUACGAAAGCCACAGCUCAUUCACAAUGCCAGGGCUGUACAGGGUCGUCUCCGGCAUUAAUGUGUUCGAUCCCAAAUUCAACAUUGCUUCUCCAGGGGCAGACCAGUCUGUUUACUUCCCUUACACCCAUAAAGAUAAGCGAUUCUCUCAGUUUCAUCCUGCCAUUAAAGAGCUUCUCUAUGGUAAACCAGACAACAUCGAACACAUAGGAUUCUUGGAGGACAAAAACAAACCAAUCAUAUUCACCAUGGCGAGGCUCGACACAGUGAAGAACACAACCGGAUUAACAGAAUGGUUCGGGAAGAACAAAGCACUGAGGAGGCUGGUUAAUCUGGUUGUCGUUGGUGGUUCCUUUGACCAUUCAAAAUCCAAAGACAGGGAAGAAGCGACCGAAAUAAAGAAGAUGCACGAGUUGAUAGACAAAUACGAACUGAAGGGUGAUAUGAGAUGGAUAGCAGCUCAGACAGACAGGCAGAGAAACAGCGAAUUGUACCGGGUUGUUGCAGACACAAAGGGAGCUUUCGUACAGCCGGCUUUCUACGAAGCAUUUGGCCUCACUGUCGUGGAGGCAAUGAACUGUGGGUUACCCACAUUUGCAACCAACCAGGGUGGCCCUGCUGAGAUCAUUGUUGAUGGGAUUUCUGGGUUUCACAUUGAUCCUCACAAUGGAGAUGAGUCUAGCAAUAAGAUUGCAGAUUUCUUUCUGAACUGCAACAAGGAUAGUCAGCAUUGGGACACGAUCUCAGCUCAGGGCCUGCAGCGUAUAAACGAACGUUACACAUGGAAGAUCUAUGCAGACAAGGUUUUGAACAUGGGUUCUGUGUACAGCUUCUCGAGAAAUGUGUUGAAUGAUCAGAAACAAGCAAGCCUAAGUUAUAUUCGAGCCUUCUACCAGCUUCAGUUCAAGAACUUAGUUAAGAGCAUACCAUUAAGAAGUAAUGAAGCUCCACAACAGCUGCAAAAAACAAGAGACGAAGCAGAAGCCCAAGCCGUAACUCUAUGAAGUGAAAAGUACAUCUUGGAGCAAUUGAGGGAUUCAUUCAAAUUAUGGAAGCUCUUGCAUGUGUUAGCAAUAAAUGUUCAAAUGUGAUUAUUAUUUUGAUAUUGGCAAGUGAGUGCAUUGUAUGUACAUGGCGGCUCUGUUGGGCUGGUCUACAUUUCAAAAUGACAUCCCAAUCAAACAUGCCCAACAAUUUAAAAUAAGUUGCAUUGAGAGUAUGUUCUACGGAGUACCAUGUAAAAUAAAUACGGACUAAAUAA